AUUGCCUCCAAUCAGCAGCAGCAGAGCUUGAAAGUGAAGCUACUGAGCUGCAGUGAAGAGUCAAGGCUGAUGAUUUUACUGCACCGAACUCCCAGCUCUGCUUGGAGGAUCGAAAACACAAAAGGUGCAGCAUGUCUGUCAUGUUAAGCAGUUCAGCUCUGCUCUCAAGACUCUUUGUCUCAGUGCUGAUCCAUGCAGCUGCCAUGUCAUUUAUCAUGACCUCACAGGCUGCAGGAGCAGUUGGUUUCACUCCACUCUCAGCCCAUGAUGCAUUGGAGCCCAGUGUGGCGAGGCGUUUGAACCACCCCAACAGCCAUCAUCGCUUCCUCUCGACUGGUCUGCUGUCCCCAAAAAUUGGAAUUCAUGCUGGAAGUAGGAGUGAAACUGGCGCCGAAGGGACCUACGCAGACAAGCUGUCGACCUUCAAGCAUCAGCCACCUCUAGUCCAGUAUGCCCAGUCCAGCAGCUACGGUUCUUACAGCAAAAAUGUCAGGGAUAACGGACAGCAGCAAGUUGGGACGACCCAAACGAGGACAAGUGGAAUGAUGCCGGCGAGCAGCAUUUUUACUGCUCGCUCUCUGCUGGGAGGACAAAGCUUUGAGAGGCCAAAAGAGGAGGAUCAAACACGCCAAACCCACAUUAGGAACCCCAACAGUUCAUACUUUGUGGUCAAAAGAGUGUCCCUUCUCAACAAAACUCUUAGUUUUCCUCAAACUGGGAAAUACAAACCGAGCAAAGAUGGAAGCCUCACAAGUGACCCUUCAAAUGUGAAUGAGGUUCCGUCCUUUCGGCCUCUUCUUUUCCCACCUCCCACUAAUGAGGUCAGGAGUGCUCCACCUUCACCCACUAGAGUGCUAUACAAAGGCUACAAGGACACCAAUGAGCUUCCUGUGGGCGAGUCACCAGGUUUCUUUAAUCCUCGCACCCCUUUACCCAGAAACCCCCUGGAGGUUAGACGGAAUCCAGGCCAAGAAAAAACUGUGUCUGGUCCGAGUUUCUCCAAGACGCUUGACCCGAUGAGCAACAGAUGGAUGCAAGGACACAAGAAGAUCAUCUUGUAUCCGUCUAAGGAUUCCACACUGAAAGAUGGAGAGGGUGGGUGGGUCAGCAUGCCAAAGCAAAGCCCUUUUAGUACCCCUUGGUACGGCAGGUUCAACCCCAACCUUGAACCUCCAAACAGGAUGGAUCAGUCCAACAGACAAGGUUCUACAGAACAUGAUGCCACCUUCUACGUUCCUGCACAGUCUCCUUCUAAAACCUCUUUGGUGCAAAAUGUUGUCCCUCGGCUCCACCCAAAUACCCAAGCUAACUAUGCCAAGAACACAGCUCCACAGGUGAAUUCAACCGAGUCAACCCAAGACUACAAACCAGGACCGAAACGCCUCCAACGCAUCCGAGGAUUUGCAAAUCCUCUGAGGCAACCAGCGAAAGAGCCAUCGAGUCCCACGAGAAGAACCUCUCAGAUGUUCAGCCUCCCUGCCAUCAAAACUCGGCCCUUCCUGCUGCAGAAGUACAGCUUUGGAUCGGGAGCACCAUCCUCGAUGACGCCGUCAAAACCAGAGCAGGUAGAUGGGUCCUCGCUCUCUCCUGGUGAGCUAAACGUCACAAAUCUCACUACAGAUCCAACUUCCAGGUCAACCCCAAUAGAAUCUAGGAAUUGGCCUUCAAAAAGUGACUUAAGUUUGGACAGAAAUCCAAACCAAGUCAGAAGAAGACUCUACAAGGGGAAGUUUGGGCUGCAAGGAUUUGGGACUCGGCCACUAGAGGGAGACAAAGCUCUAGUUAAGUCCCCAGAUGUGACUGCUCCUUACAGAUCAGGUUUGAAACUCAAGAGUUUGGACUUCUGGCAACCAGAUGUCAUCAAAAUAAUUGGACGGUACAAUCAGACGAGCCCCAGCAAGGAAAGGCAGAGUGACGACUACUUCAAAUCACCUCCAGAGGUGAAAGGAAGUGUUGCCACAAACGAGGGGAAGGAUGGCAGAACGCACAGGAAGCUCGGGAUUCCGUUUUCUCAAAUCGCCUCCUCGGCUCAUUUGAGGUCGGAGGAGCACCUCAGAGCUGCAGCCACCCCCCCAUCAGGCGCAGACGGUGGAAAGAAGCCGCUCCGGAGCUUCACCAGCAGCACGGCGAGGGGAAGACCCGUCCGACUGAAGACCAACAAGAAGACCAACGGAUCCAUUUUUAUAAACGCGAGCAGGAACGCCCCCAUUUACAGGCUCCCAAAAACCCCCGCGAGGGCCAAAGCAGUCACUUAUAAUGACAUUCCAGGGAGCGCGUCGUUCAGCAGCGUCAGAGCAACCGGCGUGAUUGUCCCAAGUCCAAACAACACGCGAUUUAUCAACCAAACGGAGCAUCAGGAAGCAAAAGCUGAAAACAAGACGGAAGAUUCGCAAGCGGUCGCAGACACAAAAUUAGACGACGAGGUCAACGACAUAAAGAUGCCGGAGUUGUUCCUACGCAGCGGCGGAAGCAAAGGGUUCAACGUGUCGGAGGUUUUGUCUGCGGUGGAAAGACAUCAGGACGCGCGGGAAAACCUGCUGGAAUUAGAUUACCUCCAAACAUCCACCGGGAACAUCUUCUUCAAGUCCCUGAAACCGCCCAGUCCGGGCAAACAGUGAAGAUACUGAGCGCAAUAAAAGCUGGAAAAGUUGGA